AUGUGUCAUACAAAUUUUCCACAAUUUUUAACAUCGCAAGAAAUGUAUCCAAUACAUGGAUUACACUUUUUAUCACUUAUGAUAACUGAUUGUGAUCGACGGACGGUUACCAACCAACAUCCGGUCAAGAGUUGGAGCUAGAAACUUGGACAAAAAAAAGGCAUCAAGGCAGACACACGAUAAAAUUGAUUAUUAAAUUCAUAAAAUUCAAAAACGUUGACGUUUACACUAAUACUAAAUAUUUCUUUUUCUGUUUUAUUCGCACUCGUCUCAAUCGCAAAAUCAGAUUAUUCAUCAGAUUAUUAAUUAAUUAAUUAAUUGCAUAACUCUUAUUCUUACUAAUAUGAAAUACGGAUAUUAUAUUAAUAAAGGUAUCUGUUAUUAACUAACAGUGUUAUAUAAAAGUCACGUGUCCGGAUGAUAGUUUGGAAAGAGGGUCUCGAUUCGAAUACAUAUUAUUCAUGCCCUGUCAGUAUUACGUCGACAACACGAGAAAGCGCAUUCUCAGUUAGCUCUUAAAACGGAAAGUGGUCAAUCGUGGUCUUCUGAAGUGAUCAGAGAAAAGCCGUCAUACCGCAUUGAAGCAACAUCUUGGCGAGGAGGACGCGAGUGUGAACCGAAAAACGAGAAGCUGCUCACCGCUGAGUCGUUAAUACCGUGCAAGUGUGAAAGCGUCUUACAAUAUGAAAAUUCUAUUGUCCGCCAUCAUCAUUGCAUCGAUCUGUAGCACUCACAGUUUCCUAAUCUUCAAAAAUUAUAUCCAACCAGAGGAUUCCGGAUUCGAUAGCAAGUACGAUUUCAUCAUCGUAGGAGCUGGAUCGUCGGGUUCCGUGUUAGCUAAUCGUUUGUCGGAGAACAAAAGAUGGAGAAUUUUAUUAUUGGAGGCGGGACACAUGCAAAAUUUCCUCAAUGAGAUUCCGAUAUUAGUUAGCUACUUCCAACAGACUAAUUACAAUUGGGGCUACAAUGUAGAACCUCAGAAGAACGCUUGCUUGGGAAUGAUAAAUCGUCAGUGUGCCUGGCCACGAGGCAAGGCCUUAGGUGGCACGAGUACAUUGAACUAUAUGAUUCACACACGUGGAAAUAAAAAGAACUUUGAUGAAUGGGCCAGUUUGGGCAACACCGGUUGGUCCUAUGCGGAUGUUCUUCCAUAUUUUAAGAAGAGUGAAAAAUUUAACAUACCAGACAUCAAGGACUCCGUAUACCACAACGAUAGCGGCCAUUUAUAUGUAGAAUACGUGCCAUAUCACACUAAACUGGCAACCGCAUACUUAGAGGCCGGUCAAGAAUUGGGAUACAAGGUUUUGGACUACAAUGGCGAGGAUCAGAUAGGUUUCUCAUACCUCCAAGUAAACAUGGAUCAUGGAACACGUUGCAGCGCGAGCAAAGCUUAUCUGCGAAGACUCAACCGGCCAAAUCUGGAUAUCAUCACCGAUGCUACAGUGACCAAAGUGCUGAUCGAUACGGACAACCGUGCCUAUGGCGUUGAAUACGUCAAGGAUGACAUGAGAAAAAAGGUAUUUUGUUCAAAGGAAGUGAUACUCUCCGCCGGUACGAUCGAUUCGGCGAAACUGCUAAUGCUGUCUGGAAUCGGGCCCAGGGAUCACCUCGAGGAACUGGGCAUCCCGGUGAUCCAGGAUUCCAAAGUCGGCUACAACAUGUACGAGCACAUCGGUUUCUUAGGAUUGACCUUCAUGGUAAACCAGAGCGUGUCCCUGCUGCAGAGCAAGGUUAAUCUCAACGCCGUCUUGGAAUAUAUCUUGCACAAGGACGGUUUAGCGACGUCACCGGGAGGUGCCGAGGCGAUAGCAUUCGUCAAAACCAAAUACGCGGUUGACGAGAAACCGGACCUUGAACUCCUCUUCGUGUCUGGCUCUGUGCAUUCAGACAAUGGUAACGUAUUGAGGAAGAAUUGGAGACUCACGGACGACUUGUAUAACACUGUCUAUAAACCCAUCGAAAAUCAGGAGGCCUGGUCGAUCUGGCCGAUCGUCCAGUAUCCUAGAAGUGUCGGUCGUCUCGUGUUGCAAUCGAAGGACUACCUCAAGCCACCUAAGCUACACGCAAACUUCUUCAGCCAUCCGGCCGACCUGGAAAUCAUCUUGGAGGGAGUGAAGCAUGCCAUCAACAUAUCGAAAACUGAAGCCUUUCAAGCUUACGGCAGUCGAAUGCACGACAUCAAAAUCCCAGGCUGCGGAAACUUUCAAUUUGCCUCCGACGAUUAUUGGCGUUGCGCUAUCAAGCACAUGCCAUCCAUGAUGAACCACGAGAUAGGAACCGCCAAAAUGGGACCUGAAACAGACCCUUACGCGGUCGUUGAUCCGCAACUACAAGUAUACGGCAUUAAGGGACUCAGGGUGGUGGACGCUUCGAUUAUGCCGACGAUAACUAGUGGCCACGUGAACGCUGUAAUCUAUAUGAUCGGCGAGAAAGCCGCAGAUAUGAUUAAAGAAACCUGGAUGAACGCGUCGUAAGAUUCGCUCUUUCUACGGAGGAAUUCACUCUGAGUACAAAAAUAAAGAAUAUAAUUCUACUAAUUA